AUGGAAGGUACUUCUUGGAUAACCGACAGCCGAUUCCUGCUACAAUAUCGCUUGUCAUUGGUUAGGUCGGCUGAGCUCCUGAAGUCUGGCUGGGCAAGUCAAUCUACGACCGGAUCGCCGAUUUUCGACGCAUUCACAUCAAAUGGAACAACACAUUCAUAUUCCCCGAAGUUCAUGUACCAUGGAAUGCGAUAUCUUUCAGUGAACCUUACUCAGUCACCAACAAUCUCUUCCGCCGUGGGUCAUUCGAUUCGUCAGGCAGUAGAGAAAGUUGGCGAGAUGAGCUCAAGCAAUGAGCUAUUCAACAGUAUACAUACCAUCAUCGAUCGAUCGAUUCAAUCGAACCUUCAUAGCACUCUGACGGACUGUCCUCAUCGUGAAAAGCUCGGCUGGCUCGAACAGGAUCAUCUCAUGAUAUCGCCGGUUAUGUGGAGCUAUGAUGUGCAGGCGAUGCUUCAGGUUCCGGUCCAGGAUAUGGUGGAUUCUCAGCAGAAUGCUUCCUCAUUUGGCGAUGUCCCUUCUCAUCCAGGAUUCAUACCUGACAUCGCUCCUGAGUUCACGGUCUUUUCAUACCCGUACAGAGACGACCCGAACUGGGGAGGGGCCAUCAUUCUCCUGCCGUUACAGCACUACAAAGAAUAUGGCGAUGCCAGAAUAUUAUCAACAUAUUACCCCGCGAUGAAAAGCUAUCUGUCCUACUUUAACUCGUUGACCACAAAUUACACUCUCGAUUAUGGACUGCGUGACUGGGAAUCGCUUGAUGAUUGCACAGGGAAGCUAAUUCCUUCCACUUUCGGAUAUCAGCAAGCAGUGAAAGGGAUGGCGCAAGUUGCGCAUUAUCUUUCCUUCCCGGACGAUAAAAAAUUGUAUGAUGAUUUGGCAAUUCAAAUCUCCACGGCCUUGCAUACUGCGUCCUUCAACUCUUCAGCCGGGGUCUACGACUGUGGGUCUCAGGGCGCAUUAGCCCUUGCCCUUGAGAUGGGUGCGCCGCCGACCGAAGAGAUUUUUGCUCAAAUUCUCGAGAAUUUGAUUGACUCAAUCAUAAACGACACAUACCAUUGGAGUGUCGGAGAGAUCGCAUUGCCGUCGUUGUUCCGGGUUCUCCAUGAAAACGGGUAUGAUGAGCUCUUGUAUAGUUUGAUGAGCCAAACUACUUCGCCAUCAUAUGGCUAUCAGGUUCUCAAUGGCGCCACGUCAUUGUGGGAAGCAUGGGAUGGAACGAGCUCAUCCGGCUCGAGUCUUAACCACCUUAUGUUUGGCUAUGGUGACGUCUGGCUAGGCCAGCUCUCGGGCUUGCAACAGGUUAAUUUUAGUGUUGCAUGGGAGUCAAUCAACUACUAUCCACUAUUGGUAGGAAACCUGACUUCGGCCUCCGCGAGCCACCUGACUCCUCGAGGAACGGCAAGUGCUGCAUGGACGCUCGAAAAUGAUGUGUUUCAUUACAACAUCACUGUUCCUAUUGAUGCCAAAGGAUAUGUGUUCUUGCCUGUCAAAGACACAGAGGGAAUACUUGGCAUAGGCUCCAGCCCUUUCAAUGGAUCAUCUGCACCCGUUGUCGUUGGAAGCGGAACUCAUUAUUUUACCGUGGCUUGA